GAAAAGAAAAAAAAAACCCUACAAACAUACCCCACCAAUAAACAAGAAAGGUUUUUAAACAGAGUUCUUGUUUCUUCUACUUCUUCUCCUGCCUUGUGACUCUUUAAACUUCAUAUAUCUCUGCAAAUUAUCCCCACACACAUAUAGCACACACAACUCUCAUGUAAAAAGGAGCCUCCUACAAUUUUUUUUUUCACACACAAAUAAUCUCUCUAUACACACAAAAAAAUAAAAAUAAACAGUCGUUAUUGAUUCAUUAAUGGCUUCUUUUAUGGGGUCAUUUUUUGUGCACCGUGUGUGUUGCAUUGCUUUGAUUUUCACUCUUUGCUUUGCUGCUGACCCUUUUGCUAUUUUUGACUUGGAAUACUCAUAUAUCACUGUUUCUCCUCUUGGCAUUCCCCAACAGGUUAUAGCUGUGAAUGGGAAAUUUCCAGGUCCUGUCCUUAAUGUCACAACCAAUUAUAAUGUUGUGGUGAACGUGAAGAACCAAUUGGAUGAAAAUCUUCUGGUCACUUGGUCUGGAAUUCAGAUGCGACGGACGUCCUGGCAAGAUGGAGUUCUUGGUACAAAUUGCCCCAUUCCUGCUACAUGGAACUUCACUUAUCAGUUUCAAGUAAAGGAUCAGAUUGGUAGCUUCUUCUAUUUCCCUUCCCUCAACAUGCAGAGGGCAGCUGGCGGUUUUGGUUCUUUUAUUGUCACGAACCGUAACAUUAUCCCGAUUCCUUUUAGCCCUCCUGAUGGCGAUAUAGUGAUAAUUAUUGGCGAUUGGUACACCCGCAGCCAUAUGGCUUUGAGGAAGGACCUUGAUGCUGGGAAGCUAUUGGGAAUGCCGGAUGGAGUACUUAUUAAUGGAAAAGGCCCAUACAGAUACAACACGACGCUCGUACAUGAUGGCAUUGACCAUGAAACAAUAAAUGUUGAUCCAGGCAAAACCUAUCGGGUUCGGGUGCACAAUGUUGGAAGCUCUACUUGUUUGAAUUUUAGGAUUCAAAAUCAUAAUUUACUGUUGGUGGAGACGGAGGGAUAUUACACUUCGCAGCAGAAUUAUACUAGUGUAGAUAUUCAUGUUGGACAGUCUUACACAUUUCUGGUUACCAUGGAUCAGAAUGCAAGUAGUGAUUACUAUGUUGUGGCGAGUGCUAGAUUUGUAAAUCAAACAAUCUGGCAAAAAGUAACUGGUGUUGCAGUUUUACAUUAUUCCAACUCCAAAGGAAAGGCAGCUGGCCCCCUUCCAGACCCUCCAAAUGAUGUUUAUGACACAUCUUAUGCAUUGAAUCAGGCCAUGUCCAUCAGGCAAAAUGUUUCUGCAAGUGGAGCUCGGCCGAAUCCUCAAGGAUCUUUCCAUUAUGGUCAAAUUAAUGUCACAGAUGUUUAUUUGCUAAAGAGUGUGCCACCAGUGUCAAUUGAUGGAAAGCUUCGAGCUACCUAUAAUGGGAUUUCAUUUAAAAAUCCUGCUACUCCAAUGAGGCUUGCUGAUGUAUACUAUGUGAAGGGUGUCUACAAGCUUGAUUUCCCAACCAAGCCAAUGAACAGACCACCCAAGGUGGACACUUCCAUUAUCAAUGCUACAUACAAGGGAUUUAUAGAAGUCGUAUUGCAGAACAAUGACACUGUAGUCCAGAGCUUUCACAUGGAUGGUUACUCAUUUUUUGUUGUUGGGAUGGGUUUUGGAGAAUGGACAGAGAACAACAGGGGAUCUUAUAAUAGGUGGGAUGCAAUUUCCCGGUCUACGACUCAGGUUUUUCCUGGAGGAUGGACAGCAGUUUUGGUAUCUCUUGACAACGUUGGGGUAUGGAACCUCAGAGCAGAAAACCUGGACAGGUGGUAUUUAGGGCAGGAAACGUAUAUGAGAAUUAUCAAUCCCGAAGAUCAUAGCAACAAAACAGAAAUGCGAGUGCCUCACAAUGUUCUCUACUGUGGUGCUCUUAGUUAUAAGCAAAAGAAACAGAAAACGUCUUCAGCGACAACCGUAUUUGGAAGCUCAGAGCUAUAUUUUACAUUGCUGUUGGUGUUCUCUGCUGUUAUCAGUCUUGUCUGUUAGAGUUCAACCUCAGUUGCUGAAAAACAUUGGAACAGCUGGAACUGGGAAUUCACUUUCUUGUAGGAUAAUGAGCUUAUAGGAUUUGAGUUUCUUAUUCUUUUUUUUUUUCCCCUUGAGAAAGUUAAUUAACAUUAGUUUGCAGUGUCCCUUUUAUUUCAUUUUUUUUUUCUUUCUAAAAUGAUUGUGGCAUUAUGUGAAGCCAACUUACUGACAGUAUUUCACCGGGGGGAUCCAUCAUUCUUUAAGUUUAAGUAACUGCAUAGUGAUGAUGAGCAACCCUUCUGGUAAUUCUCGUUUAUCCUCUACUUUUGGAUCAUUGGUUCUAUGUUCAUAUUUCCA